AUGGCCCCCAAGAUGGACCAGUUCUACAGGUCCACCAUAGCCAUCUACAAGAGCAUCAUGGAGCAGUUCAACCCCGCCCUGGAGAACCUGGUGUACCUGGGCAACAACUACCUCCGGGCCUUCCAUGCCCUGUCCGAGGCAGCCGAGGUGUACUUCAAUGCCAUCCAGAAGAUCGGGGAGCAGGCCCUGCAGAGCUCUACAUCACAGAUCCUGGGUGAGAUCCUGGUGCAGAUGUCCGACACCCAGAGGCACCUCAACUCUGACCUGGAAGUAGUGGUGCAGACCUUCCACGGCGACCUGCUUCAGCACAUGGAGAAGAACACCAAGUUGGACAUGCAGUUUAUCAAAGACAGUCGCCAGCAUUACGAGUUGGAAUACCGCCAGCGCGCGGCCAAACUGGAGAAGCACAUGUCAGACCUGUGGCGCAUGGAGCACAAGAGGGACAAGCACGUGCGGGAGAUGAAGGAGAGUGUGAACCGGAUGCAUGCACAGAUGCAGGCCUUCGUGUCAGAGAGCCAGCGGGCAGCUGAGCUGGAAGAGAAGCGGCGUUACCGCUUUGUGGCUGAAAAACAUCUGCUGCUUUCAAAUACCUUCCUGCAGUUCUUCGGCCGGGCCCGGGGGAUGCUGCAGAACCGCGUGCUGCUGUGGAAGGAGCAGUCGGAGGCCAGCCGCAGCCCGUCGCGCGCCCACUCCCCCGGCCUGCUGGGCCCGGUGCUGGGCCCGCCCUACCCCUCGGGCCGCCUGACGCCCACCCNNNCCUCGCAGCCCCAGAGGCCCCUGGGAGAGUUCGGCUCCCCCCGCAGCCGCCACAGCUCGGGCUCCUUCGGCCCCGAGCCCCCCGAGGCCCGCCCGGCCGCCCAGCUGGAGCCUGACCGCCGCCCCCUGCCCCGGACGCCAUCCGCCUCCUCGCUUUACACCGGCAGCGCCCAGCCCUCGCGCUCCAACUCUUUCGGAGAGCGGCCUGGCGGCGGGGGCGGCGGCGGGGGCGCCCGGCGAGUCCGCGCGCUGGUCUCCCAUUCGGAGGGCGCCAACCACACGCUGCUGCGCUUCUCGGCUGGAGACAUCGUGGAGGUGCUGGUGCCCGAGGCGCAGAACGGCUGGCUCUACGGCAAGCUGGAGGGCUCAUCCACGAGCGGCUGGUUCCCUGAGGCCUACGUGAAGCCUGUGGAAGGGGUUCCCUUGAAUCCCAUGAGUCCUAUGAGUCCUGUGAAUCCCUUGAGCCCCAUGACUUCCAUGAACUCCAUGAACGAGCCACCUUCCAGGUCUUACCCUCUCCGGGGAAGCCACAGCCUCGAUGACCUGCUGGACCGGCCAGGCAGCUCAGCUGUCCCCUCCGAGUACCGGGAUGGCCAGUCCCGUUCCCGCACCCCAAGCCGGGUCCCAAGCCGAGCCCCCAGCCCCACCCCCACACCCCUGCCUGGCAGCCGCCGGAGCAGCAUGGGCAGCAUGGGGGUGGCCAGUGAUGUUAAGAAGCUGAUGGCCUGGGAACAGAACCCUCCUGAGCUCUUUCCUCGGGGCACAAAUCCCUUUGCCACCGUGAAGCUUCGUCCUACUGUCACCAAUGACCGCUCAGCGCCCCUCAUCCGCUGA